CAGCUCCUGUUUCUCUAUAAAAGGACCAGGAGAACAGCUAAGAAGCCAUCACAGAAUCCAGGGGGUUAUUCUGUGAUAGAAGCCCCACCACCCCCUUGCUACCAGGCCCAGAACCAACAAAGAAAUGAAACUCACUUUCUCCGCCUUAUUAUCCUUCGGGAUAAUAGGGCUGUGCCUGGCUUCUACAGAACAGCAAGUAAGAUGGUGUGUCAUAUCGGAAAACGAGCUGAAGAAAUGCAAUGAAUUCAAAGAGGCCUUGAAGUCUAUCAACCAUCCCGGUCUGGCCUGUAUAAAGAAAACUUCCCACAUAGAUUGUGUUAAGGCGAUCUCGGAAAAUGAAGCUGAUGCUGUGACUGUUGAUGGUGGUUUGAUCUACGAAGCAGGUCUGGUACCCUACAAUCUGAAACCCAUCGUUGCUGAAGACUAUGGUACUGAAACAGCUCCUCUGUCUCAGUACUUUGCUGUAGCUGUUGUGAAGAAAGGAACUGAUUUCCAAAUCAAGGACCUCAAAGGCAAGAAAUCCUGCCACACUGGCCUGGCCAGGUCAGCUGGGUGGGUCAUGCCUGUGGGGACAUUGUUUACACUUGGCUUGUUGAAUUGGGAAGGACCACCAGAACCAAUAGAGGAAGCUGUGGCCAGGUUCUUCUCCGGCAGCUGUGUUCCUUGUGCUUCGGGGAAGAAUCCUAAAUUGUGUUCUUUGUGUGCUGGAAAAGGUGGCGACAAGUGUGCCUGCUCAGACAGAGAACCUUAUUUUGGUUACUCAGGAGCCUUCCAAUGCCUGAAGGAUGGUACUGGUGAUGUGAGUUUUGUCAAGCACACAACUGUGCUGGAGAACCUUCAAACUGAGGCUGACAAAAAUAAUUAUGAACUGUUGUGUCCUGAUAACACAAGGAAGCCUGUGGAUCAGUACAGGGACUGCAACCUGGCCAAGAUCCCUGCUCAUGCUGUUGUGGCCCGAAGUGUGAAUGGCAAGGAGGAUCUGAUCUGGAAUCUCCUUUCCACUGCACAGGAAAAUUUUGGUAAGGGCAAAUCAGACAAAUUCAAUCUAUUUGCUUCCCAACAUGGAAAAGACCUGCUCUUUAAGAACACUGCCAACAGGCUUUUGAGAGUCCCUCCAAAGAUGGACUAUGAACUGUACCUGGGAUACCAAUACAUCCAGGCCAUUAAGCCCAUUAAAGGUCAUGCCCUAGACAAGCUCCAUUCCUUAGGAGACAAAAAGGUGAAGUGGUGCACAGUGAACAAUGAGGAAAAGAAAGUAUGCGACAAAUGGAGCGUGUUCAGUAAUGGAGACAUUGCAUGUGAAGUGGGAGAUAACUCUGAAGAAUGCAUUGUCAAGAUAAUGAAAGGGGAAGCUGAUGCCAUGAGCACUGAUGGAGGAUAUGUCUAUGUUGCUGGCAAGUGUGGGCUGGUGCCUGUCCUGGUCGAGAACUACGCACCUAAGAAUGGACAGAGUUAUGGGCCUGAUUGUGAGAAUAAAUCUGCUGAGGGCUAUUAUGCUGUGGCUGUUGUUAGAGCAAAAACUGAUCUUACCUGGGAUUCACUAAAAGGCAAGAAAUCCUGCCACACAGCGGUCGGCAGAACUGCAGGCUGGAACAUACCCAUGGGCCUAAUAUACAACAAAACCCAUUCCUGUGAAUUUGAUAAAUAUUUCAGUGAAUCCUGUGCUCCUGGUGCUGAUCCUGCUUCCAGUCUCUGUGCCUUAUGUAUUGGCAAUCCAGACUCACCAGUUUUGGAUAAAUGUGCUUCUAGUACCAAAGAAACCUACUACGGCUACAAUGGGGCUUUCAGGUAA